GAAGUCGCCCGGUGGACGUCGCGCGCGCAUUCUCGCGACGAUCAGACGCGCGCGCGUACGCCUUCGUACUGCGCUGGGAAAAUUAACUGUCUCCUCUCACUCUUACACAAUCCAAUAUCAACUCUAAUUAUAUAACAACACGUGUGAAUUUCAAUCUGUGAAGUUUUACAAGAAAAGUGGAAUAGUUUUAAUAGUUCUGUGACAUGUGACAGUCAUAUCAAUAUACAAAAGCACAACAAAAUGGAUUAUAAUGAUUCCACAAAGUCAAACCCAAGAUCUAGACGUUAUACCCUCUAAAACCUUGAAUAAAUAUCGUCAAACUAGUCGUCUUACUAAAAACGCAUAGUCAUCACUUAUGCACAAUGUGACAUUCUAGUGACUCAAAACCAAUGUUGACAUUAUUGGUGAUAAUUAGAAGAAGUACUAAUGUAGAUGCAACGAUAGAUGAUAUAGAAUAGUUUGAGAAUGAAAACCUAUUUGAAAUGGCUGACGAGUUGGAAGCUGCUGGUGCUGACCUCGCUAUGGAUGGCUCCGCUGGUGCCGCAGCCGACGGUACCCGUGCAGCUGACGGGAGGCCAGGCUCGAGGGUCGGUGUCUCCAGAUGGGUUACAUUUGCAAUACCUCGGCAUACCCUAUGCUACCGUUAAGCAUAGGUUUCAACCAGCUGAACCAAAUCCAACAUGGGAAGGCGUAUUCGACGCUCGUAAUGAACACAUCAGGUGCAAGCAGCGUUUCUCCGGCUCCCGAAUCCUCGGUGAGGAGGACUGCCUCACCCUCAACGUGUACACCCCCAUGGAGACCAGGGACUCCCUGCUGCCCGUCAUGGUGUUCAUCCAUGGAGGGGGCUUCAGGGACGGCUCCGGAUCCCCUUUCGCCUACGGGCCCAAGUUCCUCGUCAAACAUCGAAUUAUCCUAGUUACCUUCAACUACAGAGUCGAAGUCCUAGGAUUUCUCUGCCUGGGCAUUAAGGAAGCACCCGGCAAUGUUGGUAUGAAAGACCAAGUCGAAGCUCUUAAGUGGGUGCGGAACAAUAUAAGAGCUUUCGGAGGAGAUCCCGACAAUGUAACUAUUUUUGGAGAAAGUGCAGGAGCUUCUUCAGUCAGUUAUCACUUGCUGUCUCCAAUGUCUAAAGGUUUGUUCAACAAAGCGAUCAUGCAGAGUGGCUCCGCGCUGGCCCAUUGGUCUGUGCAGUUUGAACCUUUGACCAUAGCGAGCCGUCUUGCCAAACAAAUGGGAUAUUCCACAGAUGACCCUGUUGAAAUCUACAACUUAUUCGCCAAUAGGACAGCCGAGGACCUACUGUCCCACCGUGUGCCUCGUAAGAAAGGCGAUGCCAUAAUCUCAGAAAACGUAUUUGUGCCCUGCAUUGAAAAGAAGAUACAUAAUGUAGAACGGUUCUUGCCUGAUAGUCCUUACAAUCUGAUUACGGAAGGUAAAUAUAACAAGGUUCCAAUAAUUAUUGGAUUUAAUGACGAGGAAGGUUACUACUUCAUUGGCAGAGAAAAUGAGACUACUCUGGCCAACGUGAACUUCUAUGACGCGCUACCACGAGACCUGACGUUCCCUACGAAUGAGGAAAAGUUGAAAACGGCUAAAAUGUUUGACGAGCUGUACAUGGGUGGUGAGAAAUUGACCAAAGAAAAAGAUUCCCUUAGGAAGCUGUCACGUUUCCAAGGUGAUGCGAGUAUAAUUUACCCUGUGGUGGCUACUAUUGACUUGUUCUUACGCACGUUGAAUGAGCCUGUGUUCGCUUAUAAGUUCCAAUACGAUGGGUUCUUGAACUACGCUAAGUUGGCAUUCGGUUUCCGCGACUCCCCGGGCGCCACCCAUGCUGAUGAGCUGUUCUACUUGUUCAGCUCCCUGACCUUGCCUGCCACCUUGGAACUUACAUUCAUAGACAAAUUCGCCGAACUGUGGACCAACUUUGCCAAACACGGCAAUCCCACUCCACCAUCAUCAUCAAUGUUGCCACAAUGGGAGGCAGCAAAGCUCCCGGAGCCCAAGCUGAUGGUGAUAGACUUUGAACUGUCCAUGGCGCCGAUAUGGGGGGGCAACACCCAUGCUCUGCAGCUGUGGAACACCACUUAUGCAAAGUAUAGGAAAACGAGACCAGAAGAAAAAGACUUUCUACUUGGUGUUGACAAAACUUAACAUUUACCGAGUUUAGAAUAUUCGUAAUAUAAAUAUAACUGACUGAGAUAAUGAUUAGACAAUUUCAUUAUAAAAAAUAAAUACUAUUUAAAUCGAA